CCAAGGCCUCCUCUUCCUCUUACCUGGCUCUUCCCCUUGGCUUUGCAGCUGGAGAAGCAUGUUGUGCGCCUCCGGGAGGAGCUGGACCGGGAACGGGAAGAGCGCAACUAUUUCCAGCUGGAGCGUGACAAGAUUCACACCUUCUGGGAGUUCCCCCGCCGGCAGCUGGAGGAGAAAAAAGCAGAGCUGCGGAACAAGGACCGGCAGAUGGAGGAGGUGGAGGAACGGCACCAAGUGGAGAUCAAGGUGGGAAGGGAGAAGGUGAAGCACUUGUUGUACGAACACCAGGAAAACCUCACCGAGGCGAAGGUGGAGGGCAUCCUCUCCAUGAAGCGGGCCCAGAAGGAUCACUGGACCCAGGAGAUGACGCUGUGGAAAAACACACGCUCCUUGAAAGUGGAGCUGAAGGAGAAGGAGCUGGCCGACAAUGGGAUGGUGAAAAGCAUGAGCCUGAAGCAAGAGGAGGAGACCACCCGGCUGCGCAACGACUUCGAGAGACAAGUGAAAGAGCUCGAGGCCGAGUACACCAGGAAGAUGCAGGUGCUGCGGGACGAGCUCGACUUGCGGAGGAAGACGGAGGUCCACGAGGUGGAGGAGAGGAAGAACAACCAGAUCAGCGAGCUGAUGAGGAACCACGAGAAGGCCUUCAGUGACAUCAAGGAGUACUACAACGACAUCACCCUCAACAACCUGGCGCUCAUCAGCUUGCUGAAGGAGCAGGUGGAGGAGAUGAAGAAAAGAGAGAAUCACCUGGAAAAGGAGAAGGCAGAUGUGCUGCUCCAGAACAAGCAGCUGCAGGAGCCCCUGCAGCAGGCCCAGGAGCAGGUGUCCGAGCUGCAGAAGAAGUUGGCUCACUACGACAAGGACAAGGAGGCGCUGACGAACACAAAAGCCCGUCUCAGAGUCACCCAGAAGGAACUGAAGGAUCUUCAGUGGGAACAUGAAGUGCUGGAGCAGAGGUUCAGUAAGGUGCAGGCGGAGCGAGACGAGCUCUAUCAGAAGUUCACCAAAGCCAUUAACGAGGUGCAGCAGAAGACGGGGUUCAAGAACCUGCUCCUGGAGCGCAAGCUGAAGGGGCUUCUCGGAGUCCUGGAGAAGAAGGAGGCGGAGCUCAGCGAGGUCUUGGCGGCCUCCAACCUCGACCCCGGCGCCCUCUCCUCGGGCUCGCACAAGGUGGAG